AUGCGGCUAGUGCGGCGUUGGAGAGGAAUGAAAAGGGGUGCGAAAGGGGGCAGUGGCGGGACUGACAGUGCCGCGGAGGAGGACUUGAGUCUCAUAGAUGUCGAGAGGGAUAGUGAUGGUGAUGGCGAUGGCGAUGGCGAUGGCGAUGGCGAUGGCGAUGGCGAUGUGAUCAUGUCUGGUAUGAGGGGUGCGGGCGCGAAUGGACAUGCGGGGAGUAACGUUAAUGUUGGUGUGGGUGCCAGCACAGCUGCAUCCACGGCUACAGCAACCCUUGGAGGAACGAAGAAGAAACGCCGGCGAAAAAUCGAAGAAUAUGACCGUGACGACCCCUUCGUUGAUGAUAGCGAGCUUGCAUGGCAGGAACAGGCGGCUGCUAGCAAGGAUGGGUUUUUCGUCUACAGCGGUCCACUGAUUCCGGAGGGGGAGAAGAUUUCUGUUGAACGGCGUUGGCCCGGUUGCGGUGGCGGCCCAAGUUUCGGUGCAGGUGGUGCUGGCUUUCGUACGCGCGGUGGAGCCGCCGCUGCGAAUGUCGGACAGCACGUUGCGGGCUCAUCUGGGCAUGAUGGUGGUGCUGCUGCUGGUGGCGGCGGUGGUAGUGGAAGAGGUGGUGGCGGAUCGUCCAGGGGAGGUGGUGGGACGGUGCGCAAGGCGCGUGUGACGAAGGCGGGGAGGGAGACGAUGCUGAAGGAGAAGCUGGAGAGGCAGAAGAUGGGGUUGGAGUUGGCGGGGAAAGGAGGGGCUGGUGUUGGAGUUGAUGGGAGUUCCGGGGUUGGGGAUGGCGGUAGUGGUGGUGGUGGUGGUGGAGGCGGAGGCAGAGGCAGAGGGGAAGGUGGAGGGGGUGCGGGUGUGAAUGAUAGCGCUGUGGGUGUAUAG